AACCCAUUAGAUUCCUCUGUUCAUCUCUUGUAACAACAAAUUAAGACAAAACCCUCUCCUCCUCCUCACACAACAAAAGCUCUCCAACCCAUCAGAUUCCUCUGUUCAUCUCUUGUAAGCACAAAUUAAGACAAAACCGGCCUCCACUCAAUAAUCACAAAGAAAUGGCGACAUCGGCUUCCAACCCAACAAAGAAGGCCAUCCGCAAUCCCAGCGGCCUAGGAUCUGGAUCCCAAAGUGGACGAAAAGAUGUCGGCGCCGCCUCCGGCCAGACGGUCAAAUUCGCACGCCGUACAUCCAGCGGCCGCUACAUUAGCCUCUCUCGUGACGAUAUCGAACUUUCCGGCGACCUCUCCGGCGAUUACAUGAACUACAGUGUUCACAUUCCGCCAACUCCCGAUAACCAGCCCAUGGAUGAGCCCGUGGAGGCGCAGUCCGUCGCCGUGAAAGCAGAGGAGCAAUACGUGUCUAACUCGCUUUUCACCGGUGGAUUUAAUAGCGAGACAAGGGCCCACCUCAUGGACAAGGUGAUCGACUCUGUGGUUACCCACCCUCAAAUGGCUGGCUCCAAAGGAUCCUCCCCAUGCGCCAUGCCCACAUGCGACGGCAAGCUCAUUACGGACGAACGCGGCAACGAUAUUGACCCAUGCGAUUGCCACUUCAAAAUUUGCCGCGAUUGCUACCUCGACGCUCGAAAGGACACCGGGAAUUGCCCUGGCUGCAAAGAACCCUACUCCGCCACCGGUGACAAUGACGAAGAAGCCCCUGUCGACUUCCCCGCUUCUUCCACGGCCCCUGCCGCACCGGCAUUACCAUCUCCAACGUCAAAGCCCGGCCACCACAGCCUCUUAGAGCCAACCAAAUCAUUGCUAGCACGCGGCCAAGCAGGGGCCUCUGACUUUGACCAUAACAGAUGGCUUUUUGAGACGCAGGGGACAUACGGGUACGGAAAUGCAUUCUGGCCAAAAGGCGGUGGCAAUGGCGGCGGAGGGUAUGAUGAGGAUGGGGAGGAUGAUGAUGAUGAAAAGGAAAUGGGCGAUGGGAUGCCGGAGAUGUCGGAGAAGCCAUGGAAGCCGUUGACGAGGGUUGUUCCGAUGCCGACGGGGAUUAUUCAGCCGUAUAGGUUGUUGAUGCUGGUGAGAUUCGUGGCUUUGUUUUUCUUCUUGGGGUGGAGGAUACAGCAUCCAAAUGAGGAGGCACUUUGGCUGUGGGGCAUGUCGGUGGUAUGCGAGGUUUGGUUUGCUUUCUCAUGGAUUUUGGAUCAGGUUCCCAAAUUGCAUCCGAUUAAUCGCAUCACGGAUCUAAAGGUACUAAAAGAAAAGUUCGAGACGCCAUCGCCGGCUAAUCCCACCGGUCGCUCCGACCUCCCUGCCACCGACUUUUUUGUCUCAACCGCCGAUCCCGACAAAGAGCCACCGCUCGUCACCGCCAACACCAUCCUCUCCAUCCUCGCCGUGGACUACCCGAUCGAAAAGAUCGCAUGCUACAUCUCCGACGACGGAGGCGCUCUCCUCACCUUCGAGGCUAUGGCGGAGGCGGCGAGCUUCGCGAACAUAUGGGUACCAUUCUGCCGCAAACACGACAUCGAGCCGAGAAAUCCGGAUAGCUACUUCAACAUUAAGGGGGACCCCACGAAGAACAAGUGGCGGACGGAUUUCGUUAAGGAUAGGAGGAAGGUGAAGAGAGAGUAUGAUGAGUUUAAGGUACGGAUUAACGGGUUGCCGGAUUCUAUUCGCCGACGAUCGGAUGCGUUUAAUGCAAGGGAGGAGAUGAAGAUGAUGAAGCAUCUAAGGGAGGCCAGGGGUGACUCGGUGGAGCCCAUGAAGCUUCCGAAGGCCACAUGGAUGGCUGAUGGAACGCAUUGGCCUGGGACUUGGACUACAGCCGCUCCCGAUCAUACUAGAACUGAUCACGCCGGCAUUCUUCAGGUGAUGCUCAAGCCUCCAUCAAACGAUCCCCUUUUUGGCCUCGCCGAAGAAGGAAACCAGAUGCUCGACCACAGCGAUACCGACAUCCGCCUCCCCAUGCUCGUGUACGUCUCACGCGAGAAACGACCAGGCUACGAUCACAACAAGAAAGCCGGCGCCAUGAAUGCUCUCGUCCGCGCCUCCGCCGUCAUGUCCAACGCCCCCUUCAUCCUCAACCUUGACUGCGAUCAUUACAUCUACAACUCCCUUGCUGUUCGUGAAGGCAUGUGCUUCAUGAUGGAUCGUGGCGGCGAAGAUAUUUGCUACAUUCAAUUCCCCCAACGCUUCGAGAACAUCGAUCCCUCCGACCGCUACGCCAAUCACAACACCGUCUUCUUCGACGGCAACAUGCGAGCCUUGGAUGGCAUCCAAGGUCCCGUUUAUGUUGGGACAGGAUGCCUCUUUCGCCGCUUCGCACUUUAUGGCUUUGAUCCACCUUCGAUUACUGAUUACUCUCGGCGGGAGAUUCAGUCCCCUUUGGAUCUGGAUGAUGUCGAGAUGCAGAAGAGGCCACUCACCGCAACGGAUUUUGAUGAUGAGCUCGAUCCCAAUCUUCUUUCUAAGAGAUUUGGAAAUUCUGCCGUGCUCGCGGAAUCUAUUCCUGUUUCGGAGUUUCAGGGACGACCUCUUGCCGAUCAUCCGGCUAUCAAGUAUGGAAGGCCUCCCGGCGCCCUUGUUGUUCCCCGUGUGCCACUCGAUUCUGCUACGGUCGCAGAAGCAAUCUCCGUCAUAUCUUGCUGGUAUGAAGACAAGACCGAGUGGGGAGACCGCGUGGGCUGGAUCUACGGCUCGGUGACAGAAGACGUGGUCACCGGUUAUCGUAUGCACAACCGCGGCUGGCACUCCGUCUACUGCGUCACCAAACGCGACGCAUUUCGCGGAUCUGCUCCCAUCAACCUCACCGACCGCCUCCACCAAGUACUGCGAUGGGCCACCGGCUCCGUCGAGAUCUUUUUCUCACGCAACAACGCCCUAAUCGCUACCCGCCGCCUCAAGUUCCUCCAGCGCAUCGCAUACCUAAACGUCGGCAUCUACCCUUUCACCUCUGCCUUUCUCCUCGUCUACUGCUUUCUCCCCGCCCUAUCCCUGUUCUCCGGCCAAUUUAUCGUCCAAACCCUUAACGUCGCAUUCCUCAUCUACCUUCUUACUAUCACCCUCACCCUCAUCGGCCUUGCCAUCCUGGAAGUCCGAUGGUCCGGCGUAGGGCUUGAGGAGUGGUGGCGUAAUGAGCAGUUCUGGCUCAUAUCUGGAACUUCCGCGCACCUCUAUGCUGUUGUGCAGGGGAUUCUUAAAGUCGUGGCUGGGAUUGAGAUUUCCUUCAAGCUUACCUCCAAGUCGGCAGCGGAGGACAAUGAAGAUAUAUACGCUGAUCUUUACAUCGUCAAGUGGACCUCGCUGAUGAUCCCGCCAAUUACAAUUAUGAUGGUAAAUCUCAUCUCCAUCGCCUUUGCUUUCGCGAGAACUAUUUACAGCGAAAUUCCUCAAUGGAGUAAGCUUAUGGGCGGGGCGUUUUUUAGUUUCUGGGUUUUGGCGCAUCUGUACCCAUUUGCGAAGGGGCUAAUGGGGAGAAGGGGGAAGACGCCUACUAUUGUGUUUGUGUGGUCGGGUCUUAUUGCUAUCACAUUAUCUUUGCUUUGGAUUUCCAUAAGCCCACCCAAGUCCUCCGGCACAGUGGCAGGCGGCGGCGGCAAUGGCGGUGGAUUCCAGUUCCCAUGAUCAGUGGAAUUUUGGUUUUAUUCUUUGAUAUUUCUCUUCUUGUUUGAUCUGAAAGAUGGUAAGGAAGAGUUUGAUUUGUUAUUAUUUUUGUUUAAAUUUUUAAUUCAUUUUAAGAUUAGGGGAUUAGAGUGCAUUUUUUUUUUAAUCGGAGGAACUAUUAGAUUGCAGAUUCAGGUUUUAGCUUAUAGAUUUGUACACACAAUCAGAGAAUAAUGGAUUAAAAUUUAUGGUUUUUC